GUAGGGAAACUGAGGCAGGAGACGUGGAAACCUCUAGGCCCAUGUCCUUCUUUGAGCUGGGUGCCCAGUUCCUCUUUUUGGAGGCCUGGUAACAGGCCCCAGAACCCUACCCUUGCUUAGUGAGACCUAUGACGAUCUGGUGUGGGUCAGAGUGGUUCCCAGAGGCCCAGGGCCCCUCAGGGGCCUGUGGCAGGGAGGGCUGGGUGGAGUAUGAUAGGCAGGAAGCGGAAGCUCAAGUAACCCUUGGAGGCAUUUGCGCGCCAGAGCUCACUUCUCACUCCACACAGCCAGAGCUGGAGGUGGGCAGCCAGCACUGAGGCCCGCGGACUGAUGGACCUGCCCUGCGCCCUAGGGCUCGGGACACUGCUGGCCCUGCCGGGGGUCCUGGGGUCAGGUGGUACCAAGGACAGUGCGGGCUCCAGCUCUGUCACUGUUAUCCUGCUGCUGCUGCUGCUCCUACUACUGGCCACUGGCCUGGCCCUGGCCUGGCGCCGCCUCAGUCGCGACUCGGGGGGCUACUACCACCCGGCACGCCUGGGUGCCGCGCUAUGGGACCACACCCGCCGUUUGCUCUGGGCCAGCCCGCCGGGCCGCUGGCUCCAGGCCCGGUCUGAGCUGGGGUCGCCAGAUGAAGACCCAGAGAGGCAGGAGGAUGAGCAGGACGCAGAAGACUACUACUUGGAUGGUGGCCAGAAGGAGGCUGAACCCCAGGAAGAGGAGCAGCGGUGUAGAGAGCGGUCCAGCCUACAGCAGGAGCCAGAGCCCAAGCAGGAAGCACAUGACCGUGACGGUGAUGCCAAAGGGGGCUUGGGCCUCGGCUCCCAGGGGCUAGAGGGCUCAGCGGGCAGUGCCGAGGCCCUACUGAGUGACCUGCAUGCCUUUGCUGGCAGCGCAGCCUGGGACGACAGCUCUGGGGCCGCUGGAGGCCAGGGCCUCCAUGUCACCGCACUGUAGGGCCAGCCCUGGGGUGACUGCCUCUGUUUCCCCAGCUGCCGUUACUGGACACAGCCUGCCCUGGACCCUGGACCCACUGUCACUCCCACCCCCACACAGAGCCUCAGACUGUCACUCUGCCCCAUCAGUUGUCCCCAAUGCUAUGCAUCCCCACUCACUCCUAGGGGCAUGGGUCAGCCAUCUGAAAUAAAACCUUUCCGGCCCUGC